AUGAAGAUGCUCUCCUUUAAUGCAAGAGGGGUGGGUGAGAGGGCAAAGCGGAGGGUCAUUAGGGAGUUGGUGACCCAGAACCAGGUGGAGGUCUUAUGCAUCCAAGAGACAAAAAUUCAACGUGUCGACAGAAGAAUUUGUUCCCAGCUGUGGGGGGACUCAAACUUUGAGUGGAAGGCAGUGCAAGCCAUUAAUCGCGGAGGAGGUCUUGUUACUGUUUGGAACUCGAGUUCUUUCACAAUUGAGGAGUGUGUGGAGGGUAGGGGAUUCUUGGGGCUGAUUGGUACUUGGAAAAAGUCUCAGCAGAAGUGUGUUUUAGUGAAUGUCUAUUCACCUUGUGAUAUGGCUGGGAAACGAGCUCUUUGGUCAGACUUGAGGGCUUGGCGAGGGACUUGUCAGGAAUUGGCUUGGUGUGUCGCUGGGGAUUUUAAUGCAGUUAGAGAUGAAGAGGAGAGAAGAGGGGUGGUGGGUGUGUCGACUUCUCAGAGAAUUGAGAUGCAAGAGUUUAAUGCUUUUAUUGCGGAUAUGGACCUUGUGGAUCUCCCUUUGGCUGGCCGGAAAUUCACAUGGAGGAGACCUAAUAAUCAAGCGAGCAGCAGGAUUGACAGGUUCCUGGUAUCUGAGGAGUGGUGCGUAAGGUGGCCGAAUUGCUCUCAAUUAGCGCUCCACCGUGAUGUUUCAGAUCACUGUCCCCUUCUCCUUCGGUAG